CUCAGCCAAUGCAGGAAAUGGAAUCAGCAGGGGAAACAGGAGACCCUUGGGGGGCUCCAUGGAAUAGAACAGGGAGUCUGACUUGUGGCUCACUUCUCCCCUGCACCCAGGCUCAGGUCUCCAAGCUUGGGGGCUGAGGACCCAGGCUUGCCCUCUCCUUGCCACUGUGCUCCAUCCUGCCUUCCCCCAGCGCCUGGCCUGGCCUUUCCGGGCCCCCGAAGACCAGUCUGGCAUGGGGAGACGAGACAGUGCCCCUUUUCAAAGGUCUCAGCAUCCUCACGCUACCUCCUGCCGCCACUUCCACCUGGGCCCUCCGCAGCCGCAGCAGCUGGCGCCCGACUUCCCCCUGGCGCACCCCGUGCAGUCGCAGCCGGGCCUCAGCGCCCACAUGGCCCCGGCCCACCAGCACAGCGGCACCCUGCACCAGUCGCUGACUCCGCUGCCCACCCUGCAGUUCCAGGACGUCACCGGUCCCUCCUUCCUACCUCAGGCCCUGCACCAGCAAUACCUCCUGCAGCAGCAGCUCCUGGAAGCCCAGCACCGCAGGCUCGUCUCGCACCCGAGGCGGAGUCAGGAGCGCGUGUCUGUCCAUCCUCACCGCCUCCACCCCAGCUUCGACUUCGGCCACCAACUCCAGACGCCUCAGCCUAGGUAUUUGGCUGAGGGCACUGACUGGGAUCUCAGUGUGGACGCCGGCUUGAGCCCGGCCCAGUUCCAGGUGCGGCCCAUCCCUCAGCACUAUCAGCAUUACCUAGCGACUCCUCGAAUGCACCACUUUCCCAGAAACUCCUCCUCUACGCAGAUGGUCGUCCAUGAAAUCCGAAACUACCCUUACCCUCAGCUUCACUUCCUUGCUCUCCAGGGACUGAACCCCAGCAGACACACCUCCGCAGUGCGGGAGAGCUACGAGGAGCUGCUGCAGCUUGAGGACAGGUUGGGAAAUGUGACUCGGGGAGCUGUACAGAACACCAUUGAGAGGUUCACCUUCCCCCACAAAUACAAGAAGCGAAGACCCCAGGAUGGCAAGGGCAAGAAGGAAGAGGGGGAGGAGUCAGACACAGACGAGAAAUGCACAAUCUGUCUGUCUAUGCUGGAAGAUGGAGAAGAUGUGAGGCGCCUACCCUGUAUGCAUCUCUUCCACCAACUGUGUGUGGACCAGUGGCUCGCCAUGAGCAAGAAAUGUCCCAUCUGCCGAGUGGACAUUGAGACACAACUGGGAGCCGACAGCUGAGGGAGGAAUUAGCCCGUGGAUGCCCCAUUUUCCUUCACCAGGUCCCCCCACGGCCAUAGCCCUUGCAGCCAAACUUUGCCUUCUGAGCCAUUUGAUGUAGAGGAAAAGCCUGCAAGCACAUUUUGUGGAAAGAGGAGUAGGCGGUAUCGGUGUCUGAGGGAAAGGAGGGGUGGGGGGAGGACCCCCCCAUCCAGAAUGGUGACUGCCCCCAUCCACCUCGCUGCGCGGGAGGGAGCUGGCCGUGCCCGGAGCAGGGGUGGGAAGGGGGGGCCCACGCUGCUGAGAAUCUGGAUGUGAACUGGAAGGUCCUAGCUGAUAGACAGGCCCCUCAAUCCUGUCCUUUGAAGGAUUGUAUAUAUACCUCUCGACCACGUAGAAACCAUGUAGGGGUCUCUAGCUAUUUCUGUGGAUGGCAGCCGGAGCAUGUUAGCUUAAGAAAAAUAUUGUGUGUGGUGCUCUAGUCAUCUUGUGGUGGACAUGUCGCUAUUACGAAUUCGCACCAAAUAUUUCUCAUUGAGUUCCUUGUUUUGGUGCCUGACUGAACCAACCAACGACAGCCCAAAUCUUCCCGUCUUUAUGAGAAAAAAAGGAAAAAGGAAUCAAAGGUG